CAUGUGGAAUUUAAUCUGGGAUGUGAUUCAUUUUGUGAGUGUAGGACAAAAAAAACAUUGAACUCUGCAUAAUAUGGUCUCUGAAACAAGACUCGACGUGUGCUGGACGUUUAAUAGUUAAUUCUUUCACGCUGACAAACACGUGACGUGCCUCCCUCCGUGUCACGUAUUAAGUGUAAAUCAUUAAAUCGCCACAAUAAGCCAUUUAAACUUAACUCAACAAAACAACCAAACUUCGACAACAAAACCCCACCCAGUCCAAUAAGCGCGUCCUGAUUGGCUGGCGCGUCUGUAGAUCCGUUCCCUCUUCGCUGCGCGCGCGCCAUUGGUCGGCGGUGACGACAAUCCCGAGUCGUGCUCCCGCCCACCGAGCGGAUCAAGUUUGAAUGAACAACAGCAGCCUGUUCUGGAGGUGGUAGUUGGAUUUGCAGUAAAUUAUUAUUAUUUUUUUUAAAGUGGGUAUCGCAUCGAGAGGCUGCGCCGACCGAGGAUGGAGAUGAAGAAAAGGAUCCACCUGGAGUUGAGGAACCGCACUCCGUCAGAUGUCAAAGAACUUGUUCUAGACAAUUGCCGCUCAAACGAAGGAAAGAUCGAGGGUCUAACGGACGAAUUCGAGGAGCUGGAAUUCCUCAGCACAAUCAACGUCGGACUCACGACAGUUUCCCACCUGCCGAGGCUAAAUAAACUCAAAAAGCUCGAACUCAGCGAUAAUCGGAUCUCAGGGGGGCUGGAAGUUCUGGCAGCGAAAUGCCCCAACUUAACACAUCUCAACCUCAGUGGCAACAAGAUUAAAGACCUCAGCACGAUAGAACCAUUGAAAGAGUUGGCGACCCUGAAAAGCCUAGAUCUGUUCAACUGUGAGGUGACGAACCUGAACGAGUACCGAGACAACGUCUUCAAGCUGCUGCCCCAGCUCACGUACCUGGACGGCUACGACAAGGACGACAAAGAGGCGCCCGAUUCCGACGCCGAGGUCUACGCGGAGGGCUUGGACGACGACGAGGACGACGACGAGGACGACGAGGAGGAGUACGACGAAGACGCAGCACCCGGCGACGAGGAGGAGGAAGAGGGGGAGGACGACGACGAAGAGGAGAACGAGGAAGGGGAGGAGGAGGAGGAGGUCAGCGGAGAGGAGGAAGAGGAGGAAGAUUUGAAUGACAAGGAGGCUGAUGACGAGGAUGAUGAAGAAGAAGUAGAGCAAGGUCAGAAGAGAAAAAGGGAGCUGGAUGAAGAAGGCGAGGAGGACGAAGACGAUUGAGAUUCUUCUGCAAGUUAAGUUUUGAACUAUUUUAAACGUGUAUUUCCCCGUCACUUCCCAACAGCCCCCUUGUAUUUUACCCCCCCUGUUUCUUAUUGCAGUAGGAGUGCUUUUUGUUAUUGGCCAGUCAGGUAGACGGGGUUGUCUGAAAUAAGUUAAAUUUGUGUACCUCUUUUGAUGCUCCGUGUUCCAGUCUUUACUGUCCUCUUUUAACAGCUUUGUGGACGCCCAAUUUUGUAAUCCCAAAUAAUCGCAAAGAUAAACCUUUUUAAGAAUUGUUUUUUUCUUUCCUCACUGUUUGUGUAAGACCGGUUUCUUAAUGGCUUAUAUAUUAUAAAAGAGCCCCCCCCCCCUUUCAAAAGGAAAAAAAAUCCAAAUGAAACAAAAAAAGAGUGCAUGUCUAAUACAUUUUAAAGUCAACUACUGGAUUUCACGUAUGGCUGUCCUCUCCUCGUCUUUUCUUAUUUUUGCAGUGUUUUUUUAAUUAUUAUUUUUUUAAUGUAAGUUAUGUAUUUGUAGUGUCACCAGUAUGCCAAUACUCUUUGCUGUCCUGGUGUGGAACUUCUGUCUGAACAUGCACAGUGUGACCCUCACAGGGCAUAUUUUUAAAUCCUAGCAAAAAAAUGUCUGCCCUUGUCAAAGCUGCUCCUCCUCCUCUUCCUCCCCUCGGCUUUGAUAGUUCGGAAAUUACGUGUUCUUGUAAAUAAUGACCAAAUCUAUUUUUUUGUAUUCUCUUUGAUGACGGCAGACAUUUAACAGACAACUGAGGUGAAACUAUGAAUUGUAAUAAGAUAUUAAAUACGUAUGCUGCUUUUAUCUAAAAUACGCAGUGUGAAAUUUGAACAUAACUUUGUAUGCAUAAUCUUUCCAUAAAGACAAAUGUUCAACAUCAAAAAAAAAUCAUCAUCGCUUUUUUCAUGUUCCUUUUUUGUGACACAGAGGUGGCAAUGUUUGAAUUUGUGGUGGUAGUGUAGAGAAGUACUUGCUAUAAAUGGAGGUGAACGUAUGUGCAUUGAAAAUGUAUUGUUUCAAAGUGGGAACUCUGGGAACGGUCAGUUAUUUGGACUUUGUUUUCACUUGUAUACGUACCGGUCAAAUUGGCCUACCUCAGUGACUUUUCACAUGUUCAAACCCACUGUCAUCAACCAAAUUGUUUCUUUUCCCUCCCCAUUCACGACAAUAAAUCCCUUUUUUU